AUGUACGACCUUAAACGGUAUGCACGAAGGCUUCGGAAUUCCCGUAAUGAAUUAGAAAGUAACCAACCUAAAGUUAAACCCCAAUUCGACCAUUCCCAUCUCCUUCCUGAACUUCCUCCUUUAAACCCUUCACAGAAUAGGCAAUUCAAUGAAAAUACUCAAACCUCAUUAAAAUCAGUUUAUGCAAAUACUAUGGUUAAUUCUUAUCGAAACCGGCCACCUAUACAAUCUAAUUUGUUUUUAAAUCCCCCAGCUAAGGGACAAUUUUCUCUUUCACCCGUUACGCAAGAAGAGGCGCCAACUCUGGCAUAUCCGACUAAAUCCAAGCCAAACACAUUUUAUUCACCUCAACACCCAAUAGUCCCUGAGAGCUAUUUUAAUGAAACCAAUUGUUCAAAUAGUAAUAAAAUGAAUAAAUUUAACCCACUUGCUAUCCCUCCUGGUUUUUCCCCUCUAGAAGAAAUAAAUGUUGAAAAGAAUCCUAACGAUUUAAACAAUCAGAUGAGUGAAGAAAUAAUCCAAUUACCAAAACUUAUAAAUGAAAAAUAUGAAGAAAUACACAUUAACUCGGAAGAAUCAACCCCUUUUCUGAUCAGUACCUCCCCUCCAGAUAUUCCCCCAUUAUCUCACCCCAUUAUCUGCUCCAAUAAUACACAACAUUCGACUUCUACAUCAGAAGAUAUAUUGGAAGGAAAUGAAAAGAAAAAUCUGUUGGAUUAA